UUGGCGCGAAAUAUUUUCAGAAUGAAUCUUCAGUAUAAUCAUUUGUGCUAUAAUCUAUAACUGCAAUAUCACUGAUUGUGGUGUUUUGAAGUUUGACUGAUCAUACAUUGGACUAAUUGACAAAAAAUGCAACGAUCGGGCAAAUCUAAACCGUCCAAGAUAAAGAUAAGCAGUCUAAGCCAAAACAGUAAUAAAUGGGUUUUUAUUUUACCAGAACAAAAUGAAGAUUUUGAAGAUUACCAUUUUGUUAUGUUGCCACAUCCAAAAACAGGUCACAUUCAGCAAUAUUUGCUGUCAAAAAAUAAACAAGAAAUUUCUGAAAUUUUGAAGUUCAAUGAAACUCCAAGAUCAUGGUUUAUUGAUAAUUCUGUCUUGCAAGAUGGAAAUCUCUAUUUCGGGACAAAAAUUGAUGCUCUAUUUAUGGUUCUGCCUUCUCUGAAAAGUACAUCAACUAAGUUUAUGACCUUGGAACAUAUUUUACAAGAGUCUGACAAUAAUAAUAUUUGUGAGCUUUCCCAUUGUAUCACCAAAGAGGAUUUGUGUCUGGUGACUGAUAUGAAGGGGGAAGAAGACCUAAUUGUUUGCAAGCUUAACCAUGAUAAAGUCAUUUCCUGGUUAGAAAAAAAGGUGUAUCAAACAGAAGAUCAGUUAAAACAAGCGAGCAUAUGUACGUCUGGUGCUCAGUCAUCAACAUUUGUUAGGAGUAGUAAGUCGCGUGGUAAUACUCAAGAUUAUUUAGGAUAUGCUUUUGGUUUGGUAUCUGAUUAUAUUUCCGACUAUUGGAGUCAGAAACUGAAAGCAUCCUUAGGAAUAAAUGAUGAAAUAUCUGGUUCGUCAGAGGAGGAGCCUGCGUGUAAGAAAGUGAAGUUAGAUGAAAGUUUAGCUGCUAAGCCAAAUGAAGAUUAUUCUAAAUUCUUCGCAAAAGCAAAAGCGACAGAUCAGAACACGAAUGUUAAACUAACGGCAGCCCAAAAAUCACUGGCAAAAGUCAAUACAAAAGGAAUGAAAAGUAUAUCAAGUUUCUUCGGAGUUCCAAAAAAAUCCUCAAAAUAACACCAAUAAUAACAUCUGUAAACUGUGGAGAUUACCGUCUUAAAAAACAGACCAGGCAGAAAGUCUACUUCACGCGUGCAAUUAUUUCAAAAAUUGGUGAUCGCAUGAAAAUUAUACGGAGAUAAUGCAUAUUAGUCAUAGGAGUGGAUAUUUGUAAAAUGAGAUCAAAUUCAAUUAAAUUCUAUAACAACAAAACAUAGAUUUUUCA